AUGAUAGCUCCAGUAUUUAUCACUUCAGCACUUAUUAGUCAACUAUUUCUUGGAUUUUUCUCCGCUAGUACCGGCUUUGAUUCUGUUGGCCGACGUUUUCUUUUUACAUUAACUAAUCAAUCACCCUACAGAUUUGCACUAAUUAACUCCGAUCAAUGGUACGGCAACUUGGAUGCACCAUUGAAUUUCCUAGAGGCCGGUAAUACAACUCAUAUGGGUGUGCUUCAAAUACGUGGUUUCAAAACACCCAUUGCUGCUACGGGAGUUACUUAUUCGCUCUGCUUUAGAGUUGACGAUAAAUCUGGCAAAGACACUGGCUCUCGACUGAAUGUUUACUUACAAGUUGGAUUCAAUGCCAACAAUUAUUAUGGUUGGACUUUUCGUGAUGCGGGCAACUGCGAUGCAGCACGAUCUUGGUAUGGAAGCACAGGAUUCAAUCGAGGAAAAGUGGGUUGUGUGGAUGGUGUGUUAAAUAAAGGAGGAACGCAUAGCUUAAGCGCAUCAUGCAAGAAUAUGACAAUUGAAAUGUUCACGGAUAAUCAGUCAUUCUCAACACCGACAUUAACUAUCAAACACGGAGCGUUUUUGCUAAAAGAUGCAAUUACCGCCAACGUUACUGAAAACGAACGACACACUUGA